AUGCGAAGUUUGUGCUGGCUGCUGCUCCCGCUGGUUGCGGCAAUCCAUCCAGAAUGCAAGAUAUUCCAGCAGGUGGUCAAAGAGGAGGCUCUCUGCUUAGAAAAGAAUGAAUCUGUUUCACCUGAUCUUAAAGGAUGCGCCAGAGAUUGGGAUGGUCUAACCUGCUGGCCCAGAGCCACUUUUGGGGAAGUGGUUAAAGUUCCCUGUCCAAGAUUUUUUGAAGAAAUCACCAAUAUCCAUGGCUUCCUUCAGAGAAACUGUACACAGGAGGCAUAUUGGUCAGAACCAUUUCCACCAUACACCAUUGCCUGUGGAUUCGAUGAAGGUUCGAGUAAAGGGCCUGAGGAUGAGAAAUCAUAUUAUUCUGCAUUUUGGCGUGUCUACACUGCUGGCUAUGCAGCAUCAGUGACUUCACUCGUUACAGCUCUAAUUGUCUUUGCUGCCUUCAGAAAAUUCCACUGUACACGGAAUUACAUCCAUAUGCACCUGUUUGUCUCCUUUAUCCUGAGAGCAAUUGCUGUUUUCACCAAAGAUGCCGUUUUGUUUGCAGAUGAAACUAUGGACCACUGCCUAAUGUCAACGGUUGCUUGUAAGGCUGCUGUGGCAUUCUUCCAGUUCAGUAUUUUAGCCAAUUUCUUUUGGCUUCUUAUAGAAGGGAUAUACCUGCAAACACUGCUUUUGCUGACUUUCGUUUCGGACAAGCAGUAUGUGUGGUGGUUCAUAUUUACUGGCUGGGGAGCUCCCACUGCCGUGAUGUUUGCUUGGGUCCUCACAAGAAUCCAUCGACAAAAUACCGGAUGUUGGGAUGACGAUGAAAAUGGAGUGGUGUUAUGGAUCAUCAAAGGCCCCAUUCUGCUAACUGUAUUAAUUAACUUUAUUAUAUUUAUUAAUGUGAUCAGAAUUUUAGUCCAUAAAUUAAAAUCUCAAGAGGGAGGCGGGAGCCAUUCAAGCCACUUUGUGAGGCUUGCUAAAUCCACUUUACUCUUGAUCCCCCUCUUUGGAGUGCACUACAUUGUAUUUGCAUUUUUCCCAGAAAGCACUGGUCUGGAAGCUCGCCUUUAUAUUGAGCUGGGCUUGGGUUCUUUUCAGGGUUUUGUUGUUGCUCUUCUAUAUUGUUUCUCAAAUGCAGAGGUGAGUAGCAA